UCCGGUUUUAGGCUGAAUUUGACACACAAUGAGGUGCAGGGAACAACCUAUCGCGAAACGCCGCUGUAAAUAAAUAGAACAAUCACUGAAGCCACAGAAUCAUGGAGAAUCAGUGCACAGUGCAGGUGAAGCUGGAGCUAGGACACCGAGCCCAGUUGAGGAAGAAGGUGACCUCGGAGGGCUUCACCCACGACUGGAUGGUGUUUGUGCGAGGGCCUGAGACUGGGGACAUACAGCACUUUGUGGAGAAGGUUGUCUUCCGGCUACAUGAGAGCUUCCCCAAACCCAAGAGAGUAUGCAAGGAGCCACCAUACAAAGUGGAGGAGUCGGGCUACGCUGGGUUCCUCAUGCCCAUCGAGGUCUACUUCAAGAACAAGGAGGAGCCUAAGAAGGUGUGUUUCAACUAUGACCUCUUCCUGAACCUGGAGGGGAACCCCCCUGUCAAUCACCUGCGCUGUGAGAAACUCACCUUUAACAACCCCACACGGGAGUUCAGACGCAAGCUGGUCAAGGCUGGAGGGGUCAUGGUGGUGCCGGAAGGGACGGAGGCAGUGUCGAGGCCCAGUCCAGACUACCCCAUGCUCCCCACCAUCCCACUGUCUGCCUUCUCAGACCCCAAGAAGACCAAGACCUCCCACGGGUCAAAGGAGCCCAGUAAAGAGGGCAGUGGAGGCAGCAGUAAAGGGCCCAAGCCCCACAAGCUGACCAAGGAGCACCGCGAACGCCCCCGCAAAGACUCUGAGAGCAAGGCGGCGUCAAAGGGUGACAGCGACCGCGACGGGGGAGGAGGGGGCAGCAGCAAGAGUGCCCGUGAGCCCUCAUCCUCCUCUUCCAAGAAGCCAGCGGAGAUCAAAGUUAAAGACGAGGGCAAGGUCCUUCCCAAGGCUGCCUUCAAAGAGCCCAAACUCACACUGAAGGAGGCCAAGAUGGAGGGCAUGUCCCCUAAAGGAGGGGGGGCCGGGGGAGGGGGCCCACUGGAGCCCAAAGCCCCCGGGAAGCGGCCUUCCACUGCGGAGUCUCCAAAACCCAGUGCCAAGAAGCCAAAGAAGGGCAGCUCAGAGGGAUCUAAGGGGACAGCUGCAGUGCUCUUCACCGGAGCCUCUCCCCGGGUCUCUUCGUCAUCUUCAGUCAUCACAGGCUACCCAGAGAAGAAACCCCCCAAGGAGAAAGGCCGCUGGCCCAAGAGCAGCAGGGCCGACACUCAGGAGGCCAAGGAGCCCAAGAAACUGCUGUCUGACGACUCCAACUCUGAGGAUGAAGCCUCCUCCAAAUCAGAGCAGUCAGUCCCCUCCAGUCCCUCUAACUCCAGCUCCAGCUCUGACUCCAGCUCAGAGUCUGAUUUUGAGCCCGGACAGAAACAAGGCCAAGGCCCGCUGCGCUCUAUGGUGGAGGACCUACAGUCCGAGGGGUCAGAUGAUGAUGACAGCAGCUCAGAGGAAGGGACGCCUGUCAAGACCAACCCGCCCAACCGUGACUCUCGACUGAGCCUGGACAGCGAGAGUGACAGCAGUGAAGGCUCGCACCGCCCCAGUCGAGACCCUGCGCCGCCUCCACAGAAACACAGCUCCUCCAAUAACAAGGUCUUGGGCAGGAAGAGCCCAGACAUCUGCAGCCGCCCAGAGAAGGUGCUGAAGAAGGGAUACGACAAGGUAGGAAGGGCCUACACAGAGGAGCUGGUGGACCUCCACCGCAGACUAAUGGCUCUGAGGGAGCGCAACGUCCUACAGCAGAUAGUGAAUCUGAUCGAGGAGACGGGCCACUUCAACGUGACCAACACCACCUUUGACUUUGACCUGUUCUCUCUGGACGAGUUGACCGUCCGCAAACUACAGAGCUGCCUGGAGACCACGGCCACGUGACAGGAAGCCUGCAGCGCAGAGGACCGUGGCGGGGCCGGUGCUGGGCUGCUGUCUCUCCUCGGCCCCUGGACCCCCACUGGGGAGGUGGAGCUGUAGCAGAGCUACAGAGAGAAACAGAAUAACAAUACAACUCACACUUUCACUAUUUUCUGGAGAAUGGAGGAACAGGACGAGGGAGGAGAGCGGAUGAGGUCAGAGCAGCUAUGCCACUGUCCCUCUAACCUGGACUGGAGGACCAGACUAGGGGAGCUGGCCUGGGACUGGCAAGAGAUGUAUUAUAUAUGUUUCUUAUGGAGAGCAGCAGAGCAGCCUGUGUGCAGAACUGUGGAAUGCGACUACUCUCCUCUCCCUCCCCCUCUCGCCUCACUUCUAGCCAUUGCAAAGCCAAUACUUCUCCUCUCCUUCCUCCCCACUCACACACUCUUACCCGGCACAACACUCCUCCCCUCCCCCUCAUCUCUGCUGGAGUUAAUUUCUCUAUAGGAAUAUUCCUGUCUAUGCAUGCAUACAUUCGUGUGUGUGUGUGGGAGUGUGUGUGUGUGUGAGGGAGAGUGUGUGAGGGAGAGUGUGUGUGUGUCUGUGUGAGCAUUUCAGAGGCUUUAGGGGGGGGUGUCUUUCGUUAGUCACUUUUUCAGUGUUCUUUAAGCUAGCUUGAGCACAAGCAAGCCCUUACACACACACACACACACACAACAGUGAGAGGCAUUUGGGUCCCAUGCCAGGGUGUCUCUACACACAGGCAUUAAGUUGUGUAUGUGCCUAUUGGUGGUAGUGUUCUGGAUGGGGUUCAUCUCUUGGUGGUAGUGUUCUGGAUGGGGUUCAUCUCUUGGUGGUAGUGUUCUGGAUGGGGUUCAUCUCUUGGUGGUAGUGUUCUGGAUGGGGUUCAUCUCUUGUCAGUUUGUCAGUUCAAACGUCCCUCCCGCUUCCAUCUCAAUGUGCAUGAAAGGGCUCAACAGCUAGGGGAAAUAGCUGUGGAGGAUCACUUCUGAAUGGCCUUUUAAGUGUGUGUGGGGGGGGGGGGGGGUAAAAAAGCCGUAGCCAUAGACCCUCCUCCAAACUUGUACUGAUAGGUUUGGAGUAUUUUGUUUUGGGGAUUGCGAUUCAGAUACCUGUGAGCUAUGAAUGUAUUACUGCUCAUUUUCUAGGGCUAGAAACAAACAUAUUAUCCUCUCAGUGCCUUUAUGUUUUGGCCAGUGUGAGGGUCCACUGACACUGGUUAAAGAGCAAAGUCCCUCUCCUGACUAAGUGUUAAUUGGGAAGCCUGAAAUUCCGUUUGUCAUAAGUGCCCUCUCUUAAAAUCAGUUGAUCCUCCCAGUGGGGUUUCUCUGCAAAUUGGAGGCUACUUCAGUGAUUGAUCUCUGCUAUUAUUAGGAACACAAGCCUUCCAGAAAUCCUAAGACUCAUCUGUUCAUCAGCAGUGGUACUUUGCCUGGUUUCUUUCCAGAUCCUAAUAUGAAUGGUUGUAUAGCUGAUAUUGUGUUGUGCCUGAGGUUUAGUUUUCUAUGGAUAGGGUCAGUGCCAGACCAGGCCUCAGUCAGUCAGUCAGUCAGUCAGUCAUGUUUCUCUUACUGGGGCUCCUCUAGCCUUCACGUCCACUGUGGUUUCACACUCAGACUAACGGUAAAGUUUCCCCCUCACUUUCCUUCUGUUUCACCUAGUGAACAGCUCUAUUUAUUUGGAUGAUAAAGCUUUAAUAGUUGUGUCUGUUCUGUGUCCUGGGCCUGCAAAGUGCACACACAGCUCUCUGGCCCUUCUCCUCUGUGAGGGUGCUGUGGUGUUGAGGUCUGAAUGUGUGGAUCUGUUGGAGAGUGAAACAGCAACCGCCUUAAGUUCCUCUCUGCAUCCACUCUGCUCUGUCCACCACCCCUCUAUUUGUCUGGCUGUGCCGAUGUCAACAUCCCUGCCAGUGAUUUUUAAAAGAUGUACUUUGCAACUGUGUGAGUGGGAUGGGUUGUGUGUGUCUCAAGCGAGAGGAACGUUCUUGUCCUCGUGUGUGUGAAUAUGAGGGGCUGAAGGGUUAAGUGGCAGGCAGCUCUGUGCAGCUCUUCCAUAGAGAAGCCCCACCAACCGUCGACCAACAGUCAAUCUUUUAUUUAUGUACCUCUGCACUUUUGGCUGUGGUGACUUCAGUACUUAAGUAAUUAUCUAAACUGUAUUUUUAAGAAUUUUAUACAAUAUUUACAUGCAAUACAACAGAUUUUUUUGCCAACCUUUUUUAAAAUGAUUUAAUAGUUUUUAUUUGUGUUGGCGUGUGUUUAUAUAUACAGAAACAUGCCGUCAAUUGUGUUCUUUUAGGACUAAUGUUGCGCCAUGGAGAACUUCCCUGAAUGUUGUAUUGUGUAUCAUAGUUGUUGCAGUUGGACACCACGGAACAGGUGUUGGGAAUAUGUUUGAUGUAUGAGCUAACCAAGUCUAUAUCAUCCAGUAUACGUUUAUCAAGGAGGAAAAGGUGGACUUUUCAGUGAGAAGAAGUAUUUUAAUGUCCUAUUAUAAUUUGAGUAUUUUUAACUCAAAGUAUGAGGCAGUGUUCUAUUUGUCCGUACUCUAUGAGGCAUGGUUACGAAGCCCAGGCACAAACUGUCACCCUCUCUUUGGUUCAAUAUUUAUCUGUAUUUUUAUCCCAAGUGCGAUCCCUUAAACUGUUAAACAAUAACACCAUAGGAAAAGAUACUAUGGUGGAAGGAAGCAUUUCAAUUGAAUCUAUAUCAAUAUACACUACCAGUCAAAAGUUUUAAAACACCUACUCAUUAAGGAUUUAUUCUUUUUACUAUUUUCUACAUUGUAGAAUAACAUCAAAACUAUGAAAAAACACACAUGGAGUCAUGUAGUAACCCAAAAAGUUUUAAACACUUAGCCACCCUUUGCCUCAAUGACAGCUUGGCACACUCUUGGCAUUCUCUCAACCAGCUUCACCUGGAAUGGUUUUCCAACAGUCUUGAAGGAGUUCCCACAUGCUGAGCACUUGUUGGCUGCUUUUCCUUCACUCUGGUUCGACUCAUCCCAAACCAUCUCAAUUUGGUUGAGGUCAGGGGGAUUGUGGAGGCCAGGUCAUCUGAUGCAGCACUCAACCACUCUCCUUGGUAAAAUAGCCCUUACACAACCUGGAGGUGUGUUGGGUCAUUGUCCUUUUGAAAGACAAAUGAUAGACCCACUAAGCCCAAACCAGAUGGGAUGGUGUAUCGCUGCAGAAUGCUGUGGUAGCCAUGCUGGUUAAGUGUGCCUUGAAUUCUAAAUAAAUCACUGUCAGUGUCACCAGCAAAGCACCAUCACACCUCUUCCUCCAUGCUUCACGGGGGGAACCAUACAUGCAGAGAUCAUUCAUCUCACAAGACACGGCGGUUGGGACCAACAAGCUCCCAUUUGGACUCCAGACCAAAGGACAGAUUUCCACUGGUCUGAUGUCCAUUGCUUGUGUUUCUUGUCCCAAGCCAAGUCUCUUCUUCUUAUUGGUGUCCUUUAGUAGUGGUUUCUUUGCAGCAAUUCGACCAUGGAGGUCUGAUUCACAGUCUCCUUUGAACAGUUGAUGUUGAGAUGUCUGUUACUUGAACUCUGUGAAGCAUUUAUUUGAGGCUGGUAACUCUAAUGAACAUAUCCUCUGCAACAGAGGUAACUCUGGGUCUUCCAUUCCUGUGGCGGUCCUCAUGAGAGCCAGUUUCAUCAUAGCGCUUGAUGGUUCUUGCGACUACACUUGAAGAAACUUUCUUAAAUGUUCCUUAGUGACUGACCUUCCUGUCUUAAAAUUAUGAUACUGUUUUUUUCUUUGCUUAUUUGAGCUGUUCUUGCCAUAAUAUGAACUUGGUCUUUUACCAAAUAGCGCUAUGUUCUGUAUACCAACCCUACCUUGUCACAACACAACUGAUUGGAUCAAACGCAUUAAGGAAAGAAAUUCCACAAAUGAACUUUUAACAAGGAGCUGUUAAUUGAAAUGCAUUCCAGGUGACUACCUCAUGAAGCUGGUUGAGAGAAUGUCAAGAGUGUGCAAAGCUGUCAUCAAGGCAAAGGGUGGCUACUUUGAAGAAUCUCAACUAUAAAGCAUAUUUUAAUUUGUUUAACACUUCCUUGGUUGCUACAUGAUUCCAUAUGUGUUAUUUCAUCGUUGUGAUGUCUUCACUAUUAUUCUACAAUGUAGAAAAUAGUCAAAGAAAAACUCUUGAAUGAGGUUCUAAAACUUUUGGCCGGUAGAGUGUGUGAUUAAGCAAAGGUAGACCAUCUACUGUGGAUUUGAACAAUAUAGGAGACAAAAGCAGCAAAUGGUGACUGUUCCUUCUCCUGAUGCUGUUAGGAGGCAUGUGUGGAGGGCCGUUUCCUGUGUCAAUGGUUGUCAUGUGUCGGGGAUGGGGUUGGCUGUAUUUAUUUAUCAAGGGAGGGUUUGCUUGGGGGGGCUAAAAUGUGUUCCAUUUAUUUGGUUAAUGCUACCUUGGGCUGAACAACAAAAUGUUGUAUUUUAAACUUGGCAUACGACGCCACCAUGUGGCCAUAUAAUGCAAGUUGUAAUAAGGAGAACUGUUAUUUUUGAAAUCAUAUUAAAGUAAUUGAGUCUGUG